AUGACUGUAACACCGUCUGCAACAGAAAGCAGCACUCUUGUUUGGAAAGCCUUGUUAUACACAUUUGUAAUUAGUCCUUUCUUCUUGAACUGGAUAUCGUCUGGCUUACAGUAUAUGUCUUCCGUCUCUAAAGCUCCAUCGGCCCGCGGACGAUUCUCACAAGGAGCAAGAAACAAGAUACGAAUCAUAGAUCAGAUGAGUCGGUGGUCCCAGCAUACCAACUCAUUGUCUAAGUACACUUACCACACACCAACGUGUCUUGGCCAGUGCGUCUGGCUUGUGGAUUAUAUAAAGAUCUUGGAUGCUUGGACUACAGUGCGGGGAGAGGAUUUAGUUAGUCUAGGGGUCAUCAAUGCAACGAUCCAAUUAGAUUUCACGAUACUCCAGCAAGCUCGUUGUACAGGAAAAUACGGAGUUUAUAGAGAAGAAAAACUUCAUGUGGAAAAGACUGUGAAAGGCAACCCCUCUCAUGACCAGUCAGUAGCAGUACUAAGUACUACUACUAUGUCAUUGCAAUUGCCGCAAGCAGCGAUUGGGCAUUACUCCAUGGGAAGUUUAACCCCGAACCCCGCGACUGUUCCUUAG